ACACACUGUCAAUUUUUGAUAUAAAGUCAAGAUAACGGGAAUUUAAACAAGUUUGCCCCACUUCAAUUGUCCAGAUUCCCUUAUUACGUCCCUAAGGAAGACGAGAUCUGUUAAUUUAUCCUUAAAGCAGUGUCAUAUCGCCUAGCCAUGCUUCCUGCCUGCGUUAGAUCAAUCGGCAAAACAUCCCCUUCGAACGUUAAGGCCCUCGGGUUUUUGACGGGUGCGAAAAGUAGCUAUGCCACCGAAGUCAAGUUUGAUACGAAGCCCUAUCGGUUGCAUAAAUUGGACCAAGCUCCCGCAUCUACGGCGACCCUGACGAAAGACGAUGCGAUCCAGUACUAUACACAGAUGCACACCAUACGUCGGAUGGAGACCUCGGCCGGUAACCUUUACAAGGAGAAAAUUAUUAGAGGAUUUUGUCAUCUUUAUUCGGGGCAGGAAGCAGUGGCGGUGGGAAUCAAAGCAGCUUUACGUCCCCAUGACGCCGUCAUAACGGCAUACCGCGCUCACGGAUGGACCCACCUCAUGGGAGUGAAUCACAUCGGCGUGCUGGCCGAGUUGACCGGCCGACAGAGCGGUUGCGCUCGCGGCAAGGGCGGCUCCAUGCACAUGUACUGCAAGAACUUUUACGGCGGUAACGGUAUCGUCGGCGCACAAGUACCCCUUGGCGUCGGCAUCGCGUUGGGUUUAAAGUAUCAGGGAACCGACGGAGUCUGCGUAGCUUUGUACGGUGAUGGGGCCGCUAAUCAGGGUCAGGUGUUCGAGGUGUACAACAUGGCUAAACUUUGGAACCUCCCUUGCAUUUUCGUUUGCGAGAAUAACGGUUAUGGAAUGGGCACCAGCGCCGAACGCGCGUCCGCCAAUACCGACUACUACACUCGAGGAGACUACGUGCCAGGUCUCUGGGUGGACGGCAUGGACGUUUUAACGGUACGCGAGGCGGCGAGAUACGCGGUCGACUUUUGCGCGUCGGGUAAGGGACCCAUACUAUUAGAGACCGCCACGUACAGAUACUCGGGACAUUCCAUGUCGGAUCCUGGGACGAGUUAUCGAACCAGAGACGAAAUUCAGGAGGUCCGACAGACUCGUGAUCCGAUUACGUCGUUCAAAGAGAAAAUUACGUCCUGCAAUUUAGUAUCGGCCGAAGAGUUAAAGAAAAUCGACGGCCAGAUUAAGUCGGCGGUCGACGAGGCAACGAAGGUCGCCAAGACAGACGCCGAGAUCGGGGUCGAGGAGCUGACCACCGACAUUUGCGCCAAUAAUUUGGAGCCGUCGAUUAGAAACUGUUCGCCCUUUAACUCACUCCCGCAUCAGCGACUCGGACCGGCUGUCAAUUUGUAGUGGUAAAACGAAUUUAGUGAUGGGACAAUCCCAGGGACGUGAAUAUCUGUAACGAAUACCACGACAUCCAGCUCUGGGAUGUGAUACUCCGAACGAGGAGGCAGCUACGUAUGUGAGGGGUGAGGAUUUUCGCUGAGGUAACGAAAUCAUUACGAAAUUCUCUUUAUUGUACACAUGGAGUAAAAAAAUGUAUACCGUUGAUUUGUAUAAACGUCACGCCUAAUCUCAACCGAUACUGUACGGCAUUUUUGCUACUGUAAAACCUUUCGCAGUGCAUAAAAAACGAGUUCGCGCAAAGAAUCCACAGCCACAUAUACCACUGUUUAAAAAUAAUAUUGUUUAAAAUAUAGAUUCCUAAUAUUGAGAAUUAAUACACGAGUUAAAGUUUAAUCUUGUCGUUCCUCUCGAGAUCGUCGUCACAUUUCAGUUGCUU